AUUGUGGGACUGGAUUCUGAAACAUCAACAAAAAUCUUUACGCUGUUACUGUUCACAGAUAACUGCUCGUUUUCUGUUCACCUCGGCGUUUCCCUGCGAAACAGAGAUGGAAAAUGUUCACCUAGCCGUAGAGGAGGAGGAUCUUUAUUCGGGCUACAACGACUAUAACCCCACAUUUGACUCCGAGGAAUUGGAGAACGAUGCGGGCUUCCAGCAGGCAGUUAGGACCAGUCAUGGAAGGAGACCUCCGAUGACUGCGAAGUUUCCAGGCACCGCCAUUGGAGGUCGACCUUUAGUUUCAUCUUUUGGUUCCCGAAUCCCCAUGGCUUCAUCAAUGGGCAGACCCAUGACUGGAACUGUCCAGGAGGGUGCUGCCCGUCCGAUGACUGCUGUCAGAGCUGCAGGUUACUCAUCCUCACUGAUGCGCGGCUCAACCUUUGACCCCCUGGGGCAGUCCAAGGGGCCUGCGCCUCCACUUGAAGCAAAGAAUGAAGACACGGCGGAAGAGAAGAUCAAGAUCCUGGAGAAGAAAGUGAACGACCUGAUAGAGGAGAGCUGCAUGGCACAGAGCAUAGGCGCCUUUCAGCUGGCUCUUGAAAAAGCCAAAGAGGCAGGGAGGAAAGAGCGAGCGCUGAUCAGACAGAGGGAAGCGUCCGGCAACACGGAGCACAUCAACUUAGACCUCACUUACUCUGGAGAGGUAAUAAAACAGGGAUCAAAUAUGACUACCGUGGCAGCAAGCAUUUCGACUCAGCUACACAGGCAGUAUGAGCAGAGAAAAACUGUUUUGCUCAACCUUGCCAACCAGUAUGCGAACAAUGAAAUGUACCCGGAGGCUCUGAACAGCUACCACGUCAUUGUGAAAAACAAGAUGUUCACUAACGCAGGCCGCCUCAAAGUCAACAUGGCCAACAUCUACUUCGAACAGAAGAACUACCCUAAAGCGAUCAAAUUCUACCGCAUGGCGCUGGAUCAGAUCUCCAACGUUCACAAGGAGCUGAGGAUCAAGAUCAUGCAGAAUAUCGGAGUGGUGUUUGUCCGCCUGGGCCAGUACUCGGACGCCAUAACGUCCUUCGAGCACAUCAUGACCGAGAGUCCCAACAUAAAGACCGGCUUCAACCUUAUCCUGUGCUACUACGCCGUUGGAGACAGAGAGAGGAUGAAGAAGGCCUUUCAGAAGCUCAUCUCCGUUCCACUGGGCAUUGAUGAUGAAGAUAAGUACAUCCCAGCCAGUGAUGACCCCAGUUCCAACAUGGUCACUGAGGCCAUUAAAAACGACAAGCUUCACCAGAUGGAGAGAGAUCUGAAAGUCCUGGCUGAGAAGUACAUCAUGACUGCAGCCAAACUCAUUGCUCCGGCCAUUGAGACUUCCUUUGCUAGCGGCUUUGACUGGUGUGUUGACAUGGUGAAGUGCUCGCAGUAUGUCGAGCUAGCCAAUGAUCUGGAGAUCAACAAAGCCAUCACAUACCUCAGGCAGAAGGACUUCAAUCAGGCGGUGGAAACUCUGAAAACAUUCGAGAAGAAGGACAGCCGAGUGAAAAGCGCUGCAGCCACCAACCUUUCUUUCCUCUAUUUCCUGGAGAAGGACUAUGAUCAGGCUGACCGAUACGCUGACCUCGCUAUGAACGCCGAUCGCUACAACCCCGCCGCCCUUAUCAACAAGGGCAACACGCUGUUUGUCAAAAAGGACUACGAAAAGGCUGCUGAGUUCUACAAAGAGGCACUGAGGAAUGACUCCUCGUGCACCGAGGCCCUCUUUAACCUGGGUUUGUCCUAUGAGAGACUGAACAGAUUGGAGGAGGGCCUGGACUGCUUCCUGAAGCUUCAUUCAAUUCUGAGGAGCAGCGCUGAAGUCAUGUAUCAGCUGGCUCACCUCUACGAGCAGCUCGGAGACCCUCAGCAAGCGAUCGAGUGGCUGAUGCAGGUCAUCAGCGCCACUCCCACAGAUCCACAUGUACUGGCCAAACUGGGAAAGCUGCACGACGACGAGGGGGACAAGUCCCAGGCUUUCCAGUACUACAGUGAGUCUUUCAGGUACUUUCCCUCCAACAUCGACGUGAUCGAGUGGCUCGGGGCUUACUACAUCGAGACCCAGUUCUGUGAGAAGGCCAUCCAGUACUUUGAACGAGCAACGCUCAUACAGCCAAACUAUGUGAAGUGGCAGCUAAUAGUGGCGAGCUGUUACAGAAGAAGUGGAAACUACCAGAAAGCUCUGGAAACCUACAAAGAGAUCCAUCGAAGGUUUCCGGAAAACGUGGAGUGCCUGCGCUUCCUGGUGAGGCUGUCGACAGACAUGGGGCUGAAGGAAGUCCAGGAAUAUGCCACCAAGCUGAAGAAGGUGGAGAAGAUGAAGGAGCUCAGAGAGCAGAGAGUGAAGUCGGGCCGAGAGAACAGCGCCAGAGGUCGCAGGGAGGGCAGCACAGGGAGUGCUGAAAAUGCCAAAGCAGAGCCUCAACCUGAGCCUAAACAGUUCAGUCCACUGUUGGACUCAGACAGCGGCCGCAGCAGCAGCAGCAGCUCUAAGGGGGAGCGUCUGAGCGCCAAGAUGAGGUCACUUCCUGGGUCCAAUGAGCCCUAUGAAGCCAGCAGCCCAAAAGAGCUGGAUGCGUCGUACGUGGACCCGCUGGGUCCUCAGAUGGACAGACCAAAGACGGGGGCCAAGAAGCCGGCGGAUGACGACGACUUUGCAGACGAAGAUCUGGGAGACGAACUUCUACCGGAGUAGAUCCAUCGACUCGGAGAGCUUUACCUCUGCUGGUAACGAGCGACUGGCCUCCUGAUCGGAGACGAGGAAGAAGAGGUUGAAAUGUUCUCCUGUGAAGGAUCAUAUUUAUAAAAAGCAAAAACAAACCUGAAUGAAUUUUUAAAAAAGCACCUGUUAGACACACACAGUCAGUAUAUGUGUGAGUAAACCUCUUUAGAGAUGAAAAAUGUCUCAGCAAACCGGAUCUAAUCCAACUCUUGGCUCAAAUGAAUUCAUAUUUAUUUUUAUUUUUUGGUCUCUUGAGUAUUUUUUAAAUAAACUGUUAACUACUCCAGA